UCCAUCUGGGAGAGUAUAUUAUUUCGAAUACCUGUUGCAACAUGGCAUCAUUACAAGGGCAUGCAAGAACGGUCGAUCAAUCAAGCAUCGGAUCCACAAUCAAUACCAACAAAUAUCACGUUGGUUCUGAAAUGCCCCAACUUAUUGCUUCAGAGCUGCUAAGGCUCUGCAUGCAUAUUUCGUUGCCGUUCUUUGUGUUGCAAGAAUGGUUGGGCUUGAUAUUGAGUGGAGGAUUGACUCUGAUAGCCGUCGCAGGUCACAAAACCGCAUUGCACAACGCAAGUUUCGUCGUGAGUUUCUUGUUCAUAAAUGUCAACCUAAUCAUAGCCUAACAAGAACCCAGAGUCGCGCAAGAUAUCAAAAAUUGGACAUAAUAGUAAUCAGCCCCUAUCCAUUGAAGGUGCUCAUUCAAUUGUCGAUGCAGAUGCCCCAGGCUUCCAAAAUUCCGCAUCCCUUGGUCCCCUCCCUCCUGAUCAUCUCAAUGGAGUAACCAGUUCUGGCCAGACAUCUGACGGUUCGAUGAACGGCUUCCAAAAUGUCGCGCCUUAUAAUGAUGUUUCGGGAAUAGACGAUAUCGGCUUCAUAGAGAGUUUAGUAUCGGGCAGUAAUAGCUCGCUUUCGACACCGCAGACGACGGCCACUUUCCACUCAAAUUUCGACCCAAGCAUGGAUUUCAUCUCCAUAAACGCUUCAAAUACACCACCGAGCAGUUCCUCUGGUUUGGACGUCUUCAAUUUUUAUGGGACCCUUGACAAUGCCGAUAUAACUACGCGCUCUGACGCUGCGCAGCAUGAAGACUCUGGACAUAUAUCACGUAUUCAUCCGGGCACAAACCUGAUACCGCACAACUACAAGGAGCCAUCCGCUGGAUCUUUAUCGCUGGUACAUGGACAAAGCAAGGGCUGGCUCAGUGCACUGCACAUCGCCGCCCGCCGAGGUCAUGAACCAAUUGUUCGCACUUUAAUUUCACACAACAUUGACUGCAACGAAAAAGAUAGUGAUGUGAGAACGGCUCUGAUCCACGCAUCAAUAGAUGGCCACGAAAGUGUAGUUAGUCUUCUACUUGCACACGGGGCUCGCAUCAGUGAUGUAGAUCGACGGGGCCGAUCCGCGAUUUACUGGGCUACCAUUAACCAACAUGAAGCAGUCCUGCGAUUACUUUUGUCCGAAUAUGAUAAGAGAGAUUUUGAACAGGGUAUUGAUGCCUAUGAUGACAUGGGUUGGACAUCAUUACAUAUUGCCAUUGAGAAGGGUUUUGAUGUAGGGGUUCAGUUGUUGUUGGCCAGCGGAGCUAAUCUGAAUGCCAAAGCAAGCAAGACUUGUAAUGGUGAUGAUGAUAAAGAUGAUAGUAGAAUCGUACAAGCUGAGUAGCUUGAUACAGUCAAUCGCGGUGUUAUGACUUCUUUUUGAGACCUGCUUGAUUGCAUGUCACUUCUAAGGGCGUGGGUCACGUGCGAGUUUAGUCUAGAAGUCAUUGUAUAUUGGAUUGUAAGCCGUGGCUAUAGCUGUUGGGUCAUGUUUUCCAUAACACGGUUGCAGACAAAUACUAGACUUUAUUGGGAAUAAUAGGGAUACAAAUAGAAAUACAAAUAGAGAUACAAAUAGAGAUACAAAUAGAGAUACAAAUAGAGAU